UUGGUUCCUCACUCUCACUCUCACUGACCUACCGAACCAAUCUCUCCUCCUCCCUACAAACCACCCGCCGCCGCCCAGAAGCUCCCCCCUGCCGUCUCCACCCCGCCCCUCCCCUCCCCUCCCCUCCCCUUGGAUUGGAUUGGAUUGGGUUGGGCCUUCUUGGCUCCCCUGCCCUGCCCUUGGAUCGGAUCGGAUUCGAUUGAGCUAGCUAGCUCGCUCAGUAGAUCCGCCCGCCCGCCCGCCCGCCGUGCAGUUGGUCAUUGGCAAGGAAGGAAGCAUGAGACCCACCGCGCGUCUUGUCUUCUAGAAUAAUAAUAAUAAGUCUCCAUGCUCGCGUGUGCGCUUCAAACCAUGGGCUCAUCCUGCAGCAGACCUCACUCAGUAAAUGAGGCAGACGCAGCUGACAACACAAGAUCUGCAGACAUCGACCGGCGGAUUCUUCAGGAGACAAAGGCGGACCAGCACAUCCACAAGCUCUUGCUUCUUGGUGCCGGAGAAUCAGGAAAGUCCACGAUAUUUAAACAGAUCAAGCUUCUUUUCAGAACCGGCUUCGACGAGGCAGAACUCAAGGGCUAUACGCCCGUCAUCCAUGCCAACGUGUUCCAGACAAUCAAAAUACUAUACGAUGGAGCUAAAGAGCUUGCCCAAGUGGAACCCGAGUCUUCAAAAUAUGUGAUAUUACCCGAUAAUCAGGAGAUUGGAGAAAAACUAUCAGAAAUCGGAGGCAGGUUGGAUUACCCGUCGCUUAACAAAGAACUCGUACAGGAUGUAAGAAAAUUAUGGGAAGAUCAAGCCAUUCAGGAAACUUACUCGUGUGGAAGUGUGCUGCAAGUUCCUGACUGUGCACACUACUUCAUGGACAAUUUGGACCGAUUAGCUGAAGCAGAUUACGUACCAACAAAGGAGGAUGUGCUCCAUGCAAGAGUGCGGACAAAUGGGGUUGUAGAAAUUCAAUUUAGCCCCCUUGGAGAGAGCAAAAGGGGCGGAGAGGUGUACAGGCUGUACGACGUAGGGGGUCAAAGGAAUGAGAGAAGGAAGUGGAUUCAUCUCUUUGAAGGUGUUGAUGCAGUUAUCUUUUGUGCUGCCAUUAGCGAGUACGAUCAGUUGUUAUUUGAGGACGAGACGCAGAACAGGAUGAUGGAGACCAAGGAGCUGUUCGACUGGGUAUUAAAGCAGAGAUGUUUUGAGAAAACAUCCUUCAUGUUGUUCCUCAACAAAUUUGACAUAUUCGAGAGGAAAAUACAAAAGGUUCCUUUGACCGUGUGCGAGUGGUUUAAGGACUAUGAGCCAAUCGCGCCUGGCAAACAGGAUGUGGAGCAUGCCUAUGAGUUCGUGAAGAAGAAGUUUGAGGAGGUCUACUUCCAGAGCAGCAAGCCCGAGCGUGUCGACCGGGUGUUCAAGAUCUACAGAACGACAGCGCUGGACCAGAAACUUGUAAAGAAGACGUUCAAGCUGAUGGACGAGAGCAUGAGACGCUCCCGGGAAGGAACGGGGACGUGAUGGAGGCAAGCCACAUGAGAAGAAAAACGGCAAUUAGGAUGACACAGAAAUUAAGUUUACGCUGUCGCAACUUUGUGUUGUAAUUCAUCAUUCUUUAGUGUAGAAGAGGAAGAAGACUGAUUGAUCCCUUUGUGCUUGCUUGCUUUCACAAGCAAGCUCCAGGAAAGGAAAGGAAAGAAAUCUGAUGAAUGCAGUAGCAUGCAAAGUUUGGAUCUGUCUUUUUUGCUUUCUACUUGCCCAUAAAAUAUUUUGCAUAUUUUGUUGGAUCAUCACACUCAUUGUUCCUUCAUGGCUAUUUUGGGGCCCAUAAUGAGGUAGUAUGUUGGGGUA